UCGUAUCCGUUGCUACCCUGACAAUCGCGGUUGGCACAUUCUCCAGCAGCCAGUCAGUCAAAGCAACGGACGACGAGAAGGGGGCAACCAGUGUCGCGGUUUUACGGAACAAACAGUGGACAUUAUAUCUAAUUUCUCCUGCCGCCGUGCGCCCAGACUGCUCAGAAAGCGUCAGCAUGUCCAGUGAAGUGCAGCCGAGGCCGGACGACAGCCCCAACACCAGUGGGGGUAGCUCGGACGCCGAGCAGAGGGAGGCAGCUCCUCCAGAGCAGCCCGGCCCAGAGCAGCGGGACCAGACCCAGCCCAAGAAGAAGGAGGCCAAAAUCUCCAGCAAGACUGCUGCCAAGCUCUCCACCAGCGCCAAGAGAAUCCAGAAGGAGCUAGCGGAGAUAACCUUGGACCCGCCACCAAAUUGCAGCGCGGGCCCUAAAGGGGACAACAUCUACGAGUGGAGGUCGACCAUCCUGGGCCCUCCAGGCUCCGUGUACGAGGGGGGAGUGUUUUUCCUGGACAUUGCCUUUACACCAGACUACCCCUUCAAGCCACCCAAGGUGACGUUCCGUACGAGGAUCUAUCACUGCAACAUCAACAGUCAGGGGGUGAUCUGUCUGGACAUCCUGAAGGACAACUGGAGUCCUGCGCUCACCAUCUCCAAGGUCCUACUGUCCAUCUGUUCCCUGCUCACUGACUGCAACCCUGCUGACCCUCUAGUUGGAAGCAUCGCCACACAGUACCUGACCAACAGAGCCGAGCACGACAGGAUAGCCAAACAGUGGACCAAGCGUUACGCUACAUAGACCGGCUCCGGCCCCACAGCGCCCCCCGCCCCACCUAAUAAACACACACACUCCCCACAACACACACACACACACACACAGCGACACACACACGUCCAACACUUCCCCCUCCUCUGGAAUCUAUUGAAGCACACCCGCCCCCAGUCAUCCACCCUUUGCCCCCACCCCACCCCCUCGAGAUACGAACUGUUAUUUGUUCCAUGCUGACUUGAAAAGCUUCUUUUUUAUACAAAGAGUCUAUUGGGAUUGUAUUUUCCAAUACACUGAAUGUUGAUAUGGUCAUGAAAAGCUUUAAUACUGUUACUGUUCUUGUCGAUGUUGUUGUUCUUAUCGUUAUUGCAUUGUUUAUAACAUCUUCUUUAUCUAAAAGUUUGAGUGUAUUAUUCCCGUUUCAUGUGAUGUAAAAAAUGUUCAUAUUGAGUGAGUGCAUUUAGUUUCCUUUCACUGUUUUUUUUGUUUUUUCUCUUUCUUUUUUUCCCCCCGCUCAUGGUCAAUAUUAGUGCAUGGCAUCAGGAUACGCGUCCUCGCGGUGGACGUGUAUUCACGGUAUUAUUUCUGUGGCAUGGAGUGAGCCCAUCCUCAUUUAUGACGAUAGUGGUUAGUUUGCUGUACAUUUAAUGCCUUGUGAGAAUACAUACUCAUCCAAUACUCAAUUAAACACUGGCUGUAAUGUGA